UCUCCGUCACUCGCAUUGUAGCCGAAGACUUCUCUCCAAAAUGUCAUUCGCUGGAACCUAUGAGCUGCAGUCCCAGGAAAAUUUUGAGCCUUUCAUGAAAGCCAUUGGUGUCCCUGAUGAUCUUAUCCAGAAAGCAAAAGAUAUCAAGAGUGUAACAAAGAUUGAGCAGAAUGGAAAUCACUUUGCAGUUACGGUGACUACAGGCCCCAAGGUCCUACAUAAUGAAUUUGACAUUGGUGUAGAGUCAGAAGUUGAGACGCUCACUGAAGAAAAAAUCCUGACUACAGUUAAUCUUGUGGAUGGCAAGCUGGUCGUGAAACUGAAAUCCGUCACUUCCGUUACAGAAAUUUCAGGAGACAUUCUGACUAAUACAAUGACUCUGAAAGACCUCGUCUACAAGAGAGUGAGCAAGAAGAUCGCAUAA